UGAAAAAGCUCGCAAGCUGCGACUGUCUCUCUCUGUAUCACCUCUUCCCCAGGGCGGAAAAAGCGAGCGCCGACUGUGCGUCGUCGUCCUAAUGGAUUUUUCCCGUUCGCCGAGAGAGAAAGAGACACUAUACAACACAAUACACUCGCGGAGAUGUUUGAGUUUACUCGCCGGGGGUGGGAAGCUUCCUGGGAGAUACUUUUAAGGAUGCGUUCGACGGCUUUAUUAUUUAAGAAAAAUAUUUGUGAAAAAAAUUCAAGAACAAAACAGUAAUAGGGCUCGAACAUAACACUGCAACAUUUUCCUCGCAUCUCUAUCGUGUACUCGAAAGUUGAGAAUCGAGGCCGUCCGGAAAUUUAGCUGCUACCGGGACUGAUUGGACGAUCGCGCGCUCGCGAGUGAUGACCCAUUUGACGGUUUCGCGCACGUGUGCAGGGAUGAGGAUGAUUGCGAGAUCGACACGACUUCUGCAGACGCGCUGAGAGGCAAAUGACGAUUUCGAGGGAUGACGAGGCGAGGGAGAGAAAAGGGUUUUUAUUUCGUACAUACACUUUGGGUAUGUGCGAGGUUUCGGAACGUUUUUACGCGUCUGAGGGGCUUGCAAGCCGACGUGUAAAAUUAACUCGUGUUUACGAGAAUAGCUUGUAAACGUAUUACGUUCCGCAGGACACGUUUGUUGUUGUGGUUCAUCGACGGGUAAUUACAGAAAGACAUACUCCUCGGAAAAAUAAUUCCGCAUUAUUAUUCUCCCAAAUCACAUUAUGCAGCAGUUCCCUCGUCGUAAAUAAGCCGAAACGAGGCCUUAAUCCUCGUCGCCGAGACACUGCGAAUUUUCCACACCGCCGAGCCGAAUCACUGCCGGCAACGAGAGAUAAGACUCUCUCCCGGGGAAAAGUGAAACGACGCGAGAGAGGGCGGAUAUAGGGAAAAUUCCGUCGUCGAGAGGAAGGAAAAUUAAAUCGCCUCUCUCUCUCUCUCUCCGAAAACUCGAUAUCGAGAGCCCCCGUAAGUAUGAAACUUCGAACUAGUGGUAUAGCGCAAAAAUCGUUAUAUUCAGUCGAGAGUUUGCGGAAUUAAAUCCGGUAGAAAAAAAUGCUUUAUAGGCUCUUUUUCUCUCUCGAUCAAGCUCACGCAUGCAACGAUCAGACAGGCGGAAUGUAGGUCACGAGGGUUGUUUCGCUCCGACUAUCGGGCCAAGUUCGAGUCGGGAUGAAAGCCUAUGGAAAUAUCGAGCGAGACGCACUUCGGAGCCUCGAGGGCUUCUUUCGCGCGCGAGUGCCGAACGUUCUUUCUUUCUCCGUACGCGAGCUUCGCCAAAGUCCCUCGCUGAUCGAUGCAAUGCUCUCGAGAGUCGGCGAGGUUAAUUGGACGGCUCUUUCUUUCUCGUAUAACCGCGCGAGAGCGGUAUAAAUUAUAAAAGAAAAAAAGAAAACUUCUCGCAUAAAUUCGAAAAAUUCCCGAGACCGUAAAUCACGGGCAGAAAUGUUCACGACGCUCCAUUAAUUCAAUCCCUACUCCCGCGCGCUUAUAUCGCGGAGAACGAAAUGUAAAGAUUGGAGAAAGAGGAGUGUUUUUAAAUUUACGGCUGUUUAUUUGCGCCAGACGCACACGUGUGUCCGAUCGCGGAGCUUUCGAUCCUCGAGUAACUGCGCCAAGUCCUGUGUCGGAAGACGUCGGGGGGGAUUCACAUUGCUAAGGUUGAUUAGUCUUUUUUUUUAAGCGCACGUGUCUUAUAUAGUUGGUUCGGAAGGUUGUCCGGGCCGUGCACGCACUGACAGCUUAAUGGGGCUGAUGAUGAGAUUCUAAAGUUUUCUAAUCAACGAUUAGCGGCACGUUUUGACGCUUCGCGGGAGUUAACUGGGGCGAAUCGCUCUAACUUUCGACAUCUCCGCGUCAUAUUCGAAAUAUUCGUUGGAAGGAUAGCCGCUUUAAGAAUUAUUCCGCAUUUAUAGCCUUGAAAACGCAAAGAAAUAAACCUACCUCGGUGACGAUCAGCUUCUAUUUAUACGACGGCAUCGAUAUUCCAGUAACACAGUCCGAAACCGCAGACUCGAGCGGAAAGCUCUUUCCGGCAAAAAAAGCUCGUCGCGGGCUAAUUUCAAGUUAAGGCAAUAUCGUCGUUCACGGGCAGCGGCAAUCGAAUUAAACGUCCGUACACAAAACUCGAUUCAAACUCUGCGCGUUCAAUCGCUUCCAUUACAUUAACCCGAUGUGUAAGCAGUAGAGGCUAUACAUAUCGAAGUCCACAGUGUAAACGCUCGCGGAAAUCUCGAGCGGCACGUGGAUGGCCGCGUUUAACCGGGACAAUGGCGUAAUUAUCCUUUUCGAGGGCAUAAUUAAUGCUCAAACAGUUAGUGGGAGGUAGUGUUUGCCAAAGUAAAAUGGGACUGUCUUUUUUUACCUGCGACCUACAUUCUACGCGAUUCUGCGUUUUCGAACGUACGUCGUUGGUGAAAAACGAAAAUUUUAAUAGCUCGUCAAAAAAAGCCCGAAACCUGUAUGAACGAAGCUUAAAGCCGGGUAUUCGCUCCUCUGCGCGCGAGACAUCGCGAAACCGGCGAGUCGCGCGUUGGUAGGGGUAUGGAGCGCCACUCGGAGGGGGGAUGCGAAAAAGAGCGACGCGCACCCUCGACACCUGCAGUAGAAGCCUCGGCGCCGGCGAGGCGGCUUUACUCUCUCUCUCUCUUCUCUAUAACCUCCUCCUCCUCUUCUCCUCCUGCUUGUUCGUCUCUUUCGGUAUUUUUCAAUGGACACGUGCGCCGCUCUCGUCUUCCGUAGCUUUUUUACCCGCAGCCUUCGUUAGGGGAGCUUUUUUAUACGGUGUUAUACAGUGGGGUGUGUUGUUGUUUAUGCGGAGACGAGAGAGUCGUUGCCGUCGAUGCUGCUGCUGGCUGUCACCUGCUUCGGCCCGCUGAUUUUCGACGGGAUAGUGGGUCGACGCAGAAGCAAGUCGGAAAGCUCACGAGCGGCGAUAAUGAUACACGUGCAAACAUCCGUUGGCGGCGGUGGUGCUGGACCGGGGCUUUGUCCCAGAAGCAGUAGCGGCAACACUAGUAGUAGUAGUGGUAGUGGUAGCGAUAAGUGCGACAGGCUGAGGCGAAAGAGCCUGACCUUUUUGGCGAAUCUCUUCAAAGUGAGACGUCGUAAUCAUAACUGUCUCGCAGGCAUGAGGAUCAUCGACGAGGAGAAGAACAGCCAGACGAACGAGACUAUCAUGCAGCGCUCACCCAGACUCGAGAAUCCAGCUGCAGGACUGCACAGCAGCAGCAGCAGCAGCAGCAGCAGCAACGUCGUCGACGAGCCGGGCAGCGGUGUGCAGUCGCGUAUCCCCUCGACCCUGAGCGUCACGGCCGUCGACGUAGCGGUGGCUUGCAGGCAAGCUGCCGCCGCAGCAGCGGCCCACGGAGCUUCACCCUCCCACUCGAUCCUGACAUUGACCCCCGGCAGGACCCGGAACAUCGACCAGGACAUGGAGGCGCUCAGGCUCAGUCGGCAGGAUAAUCCCUAUUUGCAGAUACUGGCGAGCAAGGAGAGCCUCAUCGAGCCGACGGAGGAAUCGGAAUCCGAUGAUGCGAUCCUCAUGUCACAGGAAUUCGGCGACACGGACUCGCUGACACUGGCGCAGCUCCACGAGCACAUGGUGAGGAGCCCGCCGCCGGCCUCCUGGAGCCGAACCCCGAUGUUCCACUUUCCGCACCUCCAGUCGCAGCCGCAGCAGCAGCAGCCGCCGCUGCACAGGACGACGUCGCCGAAAUCGAUGCUUCACCGCGACGAGCAGACCAAGAGCGACGGCGAGAUCAAAGAUCGACACUCGCACACGUUCUCGCUGCUGAACCCGACGCCGAUCCGCUCACUCUCGGAGGUCCGGCGCAUGCACCGUUCCGCCGAGGACAGCGUGCAAUUGAUGUCCUCCGAGUGAGGAACAACCAGCGGCAGCAAGCUCCUAUAUGUACCACUUCUUCUUCUUUCAUCUAUACCAUACACAGCGAGAAAAUCGAAGCGAUACGUUCCACCCUUGGGACGAAGAGUCGACGGUUCUCUCGAGGAAGCCGAGGCGAGAUGAGAAUUUCUUUUUGUUUACAUCGCUGUUUGUUCUUCCUGGUGGCGUUUCGAGUGAUUUAGUUUGCAACGGAGGAUUUUAAGAACUGAAAUACUCGUUGAUUUGACAAAGUAGGCUUUGUGAAAUUUUUAUGCGAGGACCCCCUCGAGAGAAGAAUUCUUUUCGUUCGUUGUUGACGAAGAAUAAAGCUUCGGCACGCGCUGAGCGCGGCGAAACUAAUGAUGAUGCGUGUAGUGAAACAUUGUGAUCAAAUUGUCGACUGUCGACGUGAAAACUUUCACUGUUUACUUUUGAAAAAUGUACAGCCCUGGAGUGAAGGGUCGCGAUGAGAUUCUUUAGGUUGGAGAUUAUUUCGAGCGAACGGUCAUCUCUUGCUUUUUUUACGGUUCCUUUUUUAACGUUGUAAAUAAUUGUUGAAUGGUUAAUGUUGCAUCAGUAUUUUUGUUGAUUUUGUUGUUUUUGACAAACUUUCACAUUUGUAUUAUAUAGAAGAAGGAAUCAAAAAAGAUGUAAUUGAUUGAGUUGUAUACUUAUGUGAAUAACGGCCUCAGGGUCAUUUGUCAUUCUCUUUUAUAGUUCACUCGGUUCGAUUAAUCUUUCAAUAUAUACUGGUGGCCUUUUUUCAGUUGGAUGAGAUACUAUGUCAAAAAGAAAAAUUGCUCGAUACGAUGACGUGACAGCAGCCACAGCCGUGGGGAAUUUGUCUAAAACCAAAAUCGUUCGAAUGAAAGACGUCAUUCCUUUCAUACGAUACGUACGUAAUUUUAACUCGUUGGAAGCUAUGAAUUUAAAGAAAUCGCGUCUGAAAAGCAGAGCGAUGCGUAACAAAGUAGACAGUUGCCUUUAGCCAGAUAAGUUACGAUUAAAAUUAUAAUUAUAAUUAUACUACUUAUAUACGCAUGCAGUCGGUGCAUUUUUAAACUAGAGGCGUCUCUCGGGUCUUUCAUACAAUUAUACAAGCCGGGCCUAUGGAUUACCGUAUUAUAAUUAUAGAUCAUCGGUUAUUAUCGUACCUAUAUACACAUAGAGUUUUAAUGAAGAAAAAUAUAAGUCGAAGCGCACUCACUGAACCGAGCGAUAAUAUCUUCUUCGCAAACUUUAAAAUUUGUUGGUGAAACGCUCACAUUACGUGCGGUAUUACAAAUCUCCGAAACAUUCCAUAAGUUGCUGCGGCCCUUUCGAGGAUAUGUGAUUUUAAAUUAAUUGUAAGGAGAUUAGGACAAGGCGUUUGCUUCCUUGCAGGAUACAAAGUUGAUGAUUUGAUUCGAUGUGGUCGAAAGAAGUUUAUAAAUUUAUCCGCAUAAUCCUUUGUCAAUAGAAUGAAGGGAUACUGUACUCGCUUUGUUUUGAGGAAGAAAACAUUGCCACUAAAUCAUAAACAUAGUGUACGCAUAGAUGAUAAUCAACUGCGUUAUGGUGAUAAGCCUUUGAAAAAAAGCAAUUUUACCGCAAGAGGAAAAGAGAAUCGUUUCCAACUGUUCAGCUUUUCUUAUAACCCACCUCGAUCUCCCUUCUAGAACUUUUAGCCAAAUACAAUACUCGGUGUGAACCUAUAUACCUAACUUUAGCAAAAGCAUUUCGUAUGAAUACUUGAAACCAACACAUUUUUCAACGAUAUUUUUGUAAAUCUGAUAUUUUUUUCGAAAAAAAAAAUAAUAAUGACAAAGAAGACGACUCGCUCGAUCGCAUUUUCCGAUAACAACGUAAACUAUUUUUCUAGUAAAAAAAAAGAAGAAUGAAAGAAAAGGAAGGGAGAGAAACUAUAGAAUCAAGACCGACGAUCGAUUUUAGCAACGAUCUUUUCCAGUUUUUAAAAGUCCUUUCGACGACGAAGAGGAGAUAUUCCUUUUUACUCAAUGAUAACGCGUUCGAUUUUCAUGUUCUUCAAAUUUAUCGACCAUAUUACUGUGCUCGAACCAUACUAUGUGGGGAAAAAAUGUAAAACGCCGUCUACGUAUACUUUUCUGUCUGAAGCUAUUAUAUACUGAAUAAUUGUAUAUCAUCGCUCCGUCUCUUCUGUCUCUCUGCACUUUUACCGAAAACUUCGCAAAAAAAGCUCAGUUGGAAAGUAAGCGCGUAAAAAAAACAAGAAAGUCUCGAUCAAAUCGCUACUAUAGUAUCACAGAUCUAAGAAAAAUUAUUGGUUCACGUAAAGUGUUAAGAGAACGAUAUGAGAAAGAUAGAUAAGUAAAAACACAGUUAUAAACAUUGUCCAAUUAUAUGUGAAAUCGGAGUCACGAUUAUAAAUCGGCCAUUGAGAAUUGAGGUUCAAUUGUAUCUAUAUAGGUAAAAAUUUGAAGAAAUGAGAUAUAUAUAUAUAUAAAUAGUUAGAGAUAUGAAGAAAAAAAUUAAAUUCUGUAUGUACAUAUAUACAUAAAUAUUAUAUACACUGACAGGUAUAGUGAAGAAGAUUAUACGAGAAAUCUUUUCUAUAGGCGAUCGAUUAAAAACAAAAGUAACUAAGAAAGUUGUCUAGGGUGAAAAUAUAAAAUAAAGAAAGAAAUAGGAGAUGAAAAACUUUUCAAUCUAGUCAGCAAGCUAUAAAUUAAACGAAUGAUGCUAUACGAGUUUUAUUGUAAAAAAAGAAACGAAGCAUGAACCAAAAUAAUAUUUCUUUAUUUUUGUGUUAGAUUUAUUUAUCAUAGGUAUUAUCCAAUGAUAUUUGCAAAAUGCAUAGAUCUUUCGAAAUAAUUUGAACAAAAUAGGAAAGUCUGCACAUCUACAAUAUAGUAUCCCCGAGUUCUUAUCAAAUUGUACUUUAUAAGUUUUUGAGUGAGAAAACCGAAGGCAAAGUGAUACUUAAAAUCUUCAAAACGAGGCACAAAACUAAUCUCCUAUAUAAAAUAUGAAUUUAUGAUCGUAAGCUUGUGCCAGCAAUGUCGAAAUUAAGACGUUACUGUCGUUUACGUAAGAGGGUACAUCCAGGAUUUUUCGAGAAAAAAAUCCUCAGAAGCAUUGAAUGAUAUUGUUGAUCGUAUGUUUACCGCAAAAUUGAGUAUUUUAUCGAAUCGUUUACACGCAACCGCAGCUUUGUGUGUUUCCAAAUUAUAUCUUUGUAUAGUCGUGAAGUUUCGAAUCGUAAAAUAUAUUCUAGCUAUCGUUAUCAAGUGCUAAAUUGCAUUUAAGCUUAUAUUUUUAAGAAUUUUACAAGAAAAUAUUUGAAAAAUUUGUACUCUUCAGCUUUUUAUUAAAUUAAAUGAAUAUUCGAUAUUAUUGUAAACGAUAAACUGUAAAAUUAAAAUUAAAAGAUAUUCUUAGUGCCUAGAUUCGAUGAUUGCAUUAUUGCAUCGUUAUCAUAUAAUUAAUGCUUUUUAGCCAAACGCAAAAGAGAACAAAUAAACUCACACUGGAUAUAUCCUCUUAAAAGCUGAUAAAGGCCUACAUACAAGAAAAAUCAUCCGACUCUCGGUUGGCCGAUUAUUAUAAAAAAAAAUUGCACAAAAACUAAUAAAUGCAAGUGCAGUUUAUCUCAAGCGUAGGAUAUCGUGUAGCUUUAAGUUUUAAAAAUAAAAGGUGAAAUAUAAUAAAUGUUUAACAGGGUGCUCUAAGUAUAUAAUAAAACAUUGUUCAAGAGAAAAAAAAAAUAUAAAUCUUCGCCCGCAAGAUCGAAUUCACGCUCGUUUGCGAAUCGAUGCUAAAUAUUAUAUACACACAAACACCGAGAUUGCGUUGUUAAGUUUUUGGGAAAAAUACCAGUGUUAUAUCGAAUCCGUAAGCAAUGAAACAUAAUUCAGCCGCGUUUGAUUAAAGUUAAUUGAAAGUACAUGUAAACGCAUGAGUUUGGAUAAAGUUUUGUGUAUAACUCGAGCAGAUAGAUAUAAAGGUUUUGCCACACACACACUUCGUCGUGAUACAAAGCGUCACGCGCAUAAUCCAUCGCAGUAUAAUAUCUUGUAAAACGUUUUGUAAUUUAAACGUGAUCCGUAUGUUUUACGUUCAAACGCUAUUUUGAUCGUAGCGUAUUCGUUAGGCUUGUAAAAGUUAAUUUUUAUUCCGACAAAUUAUAUUAAUAUAUUUGUGUUACUGUAAAUAAACGAUAAAUCAACUUCAAACUGCA